CCUCAACGUGUGGCAUGGACUAAGAGGGGGAGGAGGAAAACCAAAAAGAGUGAUAAGUCUGAAUAGCUAGCCUAUGUUUGUUCAAGCUUGAAAUAAAGUCUGUCACAAGAAUUUUUUUUUUUUUUUACCAUCUUGCUUUUUUUUUCUUGUGCAGACACCUAUUAUUUUUAACUGUUUUAUUAUUUUUGAAGCAAGUGUGACGUCUGAGCCGCAAAAAUGUAUGCAGGAGGAGCGGCUGGUGCACCGCCAUCUCCACCAGCACAAGACUUAGGUUUCAAGCCUCCAUCACGUCCAGACUUUGGAACUAUGGGCAGAAUAAUCAAACUGCAGGCAAACUUUUUUGAGAUGGACAUUCCAAAAAUUGAAGUGUACCAUUACGAAAUUGAUAUCAAGCCCGAAAAGUGUCCCAGAAGAGUGAACAGAGAAAUAGUUGAACAUAUGGUGCAGCACUUUAAAACUCAGAUAUUUGGAGAUCGGAAGCCCGUAUAUGAUGGAAGGAAAAAUCUGUACACUGCAAUGUCUCUUCCAAUUGGACGUGAUAAAGUUGAGCUAGAGGUCACUAUCCCAGGAGAAGGGAAAGACAGAAGUUUUAAAGUGGCAAUAAAAUGGGUUUCAUGUGUCAGUCUUCAAGCUCUUCAUGAUGCGCUUUCAGGUCGAUUACCAAACAUUCCCUUUGAAACUAUUCAGGCACUGGAUGUGGUUAUGAGGCACCUGCCCUCAAUGAGGUACACACCUGUUGGUCGUUCAUUUUUUACUCCUUCUGAGGGCUGUUCAAAUCCCCUUGGUGGAGGAAGGGAAGUAUGGUUUGGUUUUCAUCAGUCUGUCAGGCCAUCACUUUGGAAAAUGAUGCUAAACAUUGAUGUGUCAGCUACAGCUUUUUACAAAGCUCAGCCUGUUAUUGAGUUCAUGUGUGAGGUGCUGGAUUUCAAAAGUAUUGAAGAACAGCAAAAGCCACUUACGGAUUCACAGAGAGUUAAGUUUACAAAAGAAAUUAAAGGCCUGAAAGUGGAGAUAACACACUGUGGACAGAUGAAGAGGAAAUACAGAGUCUGUAAUGUAACAAGAAGGCCAGCAAGUCACCAAACGUUUCCUCUUCAGCAAGAAAAUGGGCAAACAAUUGAAUGUACUGUGGCACAGUAUUUUAAGGACAAAUAUAAGUUAGUCCUGCGUUAUCCCCAUCUCCCAUGUUUGCAGGUUGGACAGGAGCAAAAACAUACUUACCUUCCUCUAGAAGUUUGUAAUAUAGUGGCGGGGCAAAGAUGUAUAAAGAAACUAACAGACAAUCAGACUUCCACAAUGAUUCGUGCAACAGCAAGGUGUGCACCAGAUCGGCAGGAUGAGAUCAGCAAACUGAUGAGAAGUGCCAAUUUCAACACUGAUCCUUAUGUUCAAGAAUUUGGAGUUUUGGUAAGAGAUAACAUGACAGAAGUAAACGGCCGUGUUCUUCAGGCACCUUCAAUACUUUAUGGAGGUCGGAAUAAGGCAAUUGCCACUCCAAUCCAAGGGGUUUGGGAUAUGAGGAACAAACAAUUCCACACUGGUAUUGAAAUCAAAGUUUGGGCUAUUGCCUGCUUUGCACCCCAGCGACAAUGCACUGAACUUUUACUUAAAGCAUUUACAGACCAGCUACGUAAAAUAUCUCGAGAUGCGGGUAUGCCGAUCCAAGGUCAGCCAUGUUUUUGCAAGUAUGCCCAAGGAGCUGACAGUGUUGAGCCCAUGUUCAAGCACCUAAAAUACACUUACCAAGGACUUCAACUCAUUGUGGUGAUACUCCCAGGAAAAACACCAGUUUAUGCCGAAGUUAAGAGGGUUGGUGACACAGUCCUAGGAAUGGCGACUCAGUGUGUUCAGGUGAAAAAUGUGCAAAAAACAACACCUCAGACUCUUUCCAAUCUGUGUCUAAAAAUAAAUGUGAAACUUGGAGGCGUAAAUAACAUCCUCUUACCACAGGGAAGGCCGUUGGUUUUUCAGCAACCUGUUAUAUUCUUAGGUGCUGAUGUGACUCACCCUCCAGCUGGUGAUGGAAAAAAACCUUCUAUAGCAGCUGUUGUCGGAAGCAUGGAUGGGCAUCCUAGUCGAUACUGUGCAACAGUGCGAGUUCAGCAGCAUAGACAAGAGAUUAUUCAGGACUUAGCUACCAUGGUGAGAGAACUUCUUAUCCAGUUUUACAAGGCAACACGUUUUAAACCAACACGCAUUAUUUUCUAUCGUGAUGGAAUAUCUGAAGGACAGUUUCAUCAGGUGCUUCAUUAUGAGCUGCUUGCAAUUCGUGAAGCCUGCAUUAAGUUGGAAAAGGAUUACCAACCUGGUAUUACUUUCAUAGUUGUGCAGAAACGCCAUCAUACCCGGCUCUUUUGUAUGGAUAGGAAUGAAAGAGUUGGAAAGAGUGGUAACAUACCUGCAGGCACCACUGUUGACACCAAAAUUACUCACCCCUCAGAGUUUGAUUUCUACUUAUGUAGCCAUGCUGGCAUUCAGGGAACAAGUCGACCAUCUCAUUACCAUGUACUGUGGGAUGACAACCAUUUUUCUUCAGACGAACUACAGGUCCUUACUUACCAGCUGUGCCACACCUAUGUGCGUUGCACACGCUCUGUUUCUAUCCCAGCGCCUGCUUAUUACGCACACCUGGUAGCAUUCCGGGCACGAUAUCACCUUGUUGAUAAGGAGCAUGACAGUGCCGAAGGAAGCCAUACAUCAGGACAAAGCAAUGGGAGGGAUCAGCAGGCUUUGGCAAAGGCAGUUCAAAUUCACCAGGACACUCUCCGCACAAUGUAUUUUGCAUGAUUUAUGUAAGAAAACCAAUGAGGGUUUGCAAAAAUGUAAACUGUAGGUUGCUGAACAGAACUGGGCGUAGAUCUGACCAUCUGCACUUUCAAAUAUGCCACAUAUAUUUAUAUACAUACAUUUACUUUUUUAAAAUUUUGAAAAUACCACCCAGGCAGUGGCCUCAGCACUCAAAUGUGUCAUGCAUUAACAGUUGAAAGGGUAUGGAGUUUGAGGAUUUCUUAGUGUGUGUUUUUUAUAUAUGUACAGUAUAUAUUUUUUUUAUUGUUUUAGUUUCAAAAUUGAAAAAAAUGCUCAGGAUACAGAUUCAUAAUGUUGUACUAAACUUUACAGAGCAGUAUUUUUGUAAGGUAGUUUAAUCUGCUGAGUCCUGCUGCUUUUGUAUAUGGAUGAAAUGUAGUCUUGUGCUUUAUAGGGAAAAGUGAAGUUGUCUGCCAAAGCAUUGUUAUGUUUGUUUACUAGUAGUGCCACAUUAAGACUGUAUUUUGCUAGUACUGUGUAGAAACAUAUAGUUGCAAACUGAAGUCUCAUCCUACAAUCCUUUGGUUUGUAAAGGUUAGUCAAAUUAGCCAUUAUACUAUAAAUCACUACUGCACUUUUUACUGAACUAUUGACUUCCAACAUUGCUGCAUUGUAUUUGCUUUUAGUUGUCUCCAUUUGAGUAUAGCCAGUUGUAACAUUUCCAACAAUUAAAAUAGAUUUAGAAUUGCCUUUUCUUUCAUGGGCAAUGUGGCACAAUCACAAUUUAGUUAUCUAGAUAUUACACAUGUGUAUACUCCAUUGUGUAAUUAUAUUACACAAUAUCUUUGUUUAUACGUAAGAUUUCAUGUCUUCAGGUUUCAAUUUCUUUAUUAUUUUACAUUGUCUCCAGUGAGUCUUUUUUAAUAAGAGCUAUUGUAGAGAUGUCAUAACUGCACCUCAUUUUUAUUUUUUUUUAAACUACACACAUUAAUUGCUGUUCUAAAUAAGUUUUGUAUUUCAUGCUGUUAAAAUUCCUGCGUCAAAUGCCGUUUCAUAUAAUCAUAUUUUAAAUUCUGUCUUUCAGUGGAUUAGUAGUUUACAGGGAAAUUAAAGAUGAUCAAUCCAUAUGACAUAUUCUAAAUUUAAUCAUGAACAAAAUUUUAGACAGUCUCCUACCCCGUUAAACUGAUCAGUAAACCAGGCCUAAUGUGACUGAGCAUUGGAUUAUAAUACUUUAAUUUAUUUACUGGCAUAAGUAGCUAAUGCUUUUUUUUUUUUUUUUUUUUUUUAAGAAUUAGAUAUGCUUUCUCCUGUUUACAUUUUUUCUUAAAACUUCGUUACUAUUUGGAGAAAAAGGGCCUAAUGCCAUGAUAAAGCUACACAGAGGCAGCUCCACAGAUAAUUCAGGUGUUUUAUUUUCUCUCACAAAACCUCCCCAAGAAUAUUGUAUUUUACAGUCUGGUAGGCUAAAUGGGUAAUCAUUUUAAUAGGUGUUUCCCAAUUUUUGUUUCUGAAUCUACAUAUUUUCUUUUGAGGGCUAGAGCAAUAUAUCAGUUUAUGACAGAGUAGCACUUUCAUAUUUUUUACAUUCCUUUCAUUAAUUAUUUAAACUGAUUUAAAGCGUACCAGUUCCUAUUUACUCUUUGAGGAAUUCCCUUUCUUUGUGAACAGUUUUAUAAUAUAUGAAACCUUUAUUGCGGUGACUAGGUUUUUGCACUGAAAAAUACCUUUGUAGUUUAACACUUUAUUUA